AUGAAAAAUUAGGAUGAGAAAAAACUUUAAUUAGACAGAAUAGGCACAGCCAGUACUAUGGCCUAAACUGGACAAUAAUCUCAUUUUUAGUAAUAAUUAUAAUGUGAAUUCAUCUAACCUGCUUUUGGUAAAAAGAAAAAAGAGCAAAACUAUAAGAUCAAUAAUAGGUAUUAAAAACAGGAUAUGAAUGAUGACCCUGUCGAUUAAGACCAGUAAAUAUGUGAUAACUAGAACCAAUAGAAAAUAUAAUAAUUUUAAUAAAUUGACUUGCAGACUAAGUAAAAAAAAGCAAAAGAUGAUGAAAACUAGAAAUUAAUUAAAUUUAAUGAAGAUCAAUAUAACGAUGGUAAUCAAUAUUCAGAACCCGAUUAAAAUUAAGAAUCACCUGUUAUGAAACCUAAGAAAAUCAAAGGUGAUCAUCUUUAUAUCACUUGUUAGAUAAAGUCUUUUGCGGAAUUUUUAGUGAAGUAUCAAUUACAAGACAUUGCUCAUCCUUAUAUAACAAAGAACACAAAAACUAAAUGUUGCAUAUUUACUGUGAAUACAAAAUAGUCUCUCUAUUAGACCUAAAAAUAAAAUAUUAUUAAGGUUGGCUAGUUGCUAUAUGAUGAUGAUAAUGAAGAUCAUUGUAACUUACUAUAUUCAAUUUUCUAUUUAAUAUUUCAAUUAGAAAAGCUAUCAAAACUAAAAUCUUAAGAGAUCUCUAAUAAUAAAAUUAACUUGUUCUAAUUAUUAUAUACUUUAUCUUGUGUUACCUUGUUUGGAGAUGAUAUAUUUCAAAUUGGAAAAUUUGACAAAGAAUAGAUAAUCUCAAAUAUGUUUUUCUGUUCCAAAUAUAUUUUUCAAGGUUUAAAAAAUGGAAUUUUGGAUCCUAUUUUUAAAAACACUGAAAGUAAAGGGGAGACAUUCCAUAAUCUAAUGACUUGCAUUCAUAUGGGAGUAUUUCGAUGUAUUUCCAUUUCUAAUUGUACUUAGGAAUAGGAAAUUUUUAAAAAUUUAGAAAAUAAAAGUGUUAAAUUCCUUUUAGAUGAUUGGAAAAAGAACAAAUUUAAAAAUAAUUGA